CCAGCUGGAUAACCUUAACAGAGCUUAUUCGCGCGGCUAAUGGCCUUUCACGGGGAAGGACGCGACCCUUUAGAGCACACCAGUCUUUAUCAAAGAGCCGAAAGCGAGGACAGUGAUGCCGAAGGUGGUUUGGGAAAUGUAAAUAAACUUGUAAUACGUCCACCCGGUCACAGUGGAAAAGCAAAGAAGGGACACAUCUGUUUCGAUGCCUCAUUCGAAACCGGUAACUUGGGCCGAGUGGAUCUCGUUUCAGAGUUCGAGUACGAUCUCUUCAUAAGACCGGAUACCUGCAGCCCACGGCUUCGCUUGUGGUUUAACUUCACCGUUGACAACGUAAGAUGCAAUCAGCGUGUUAUAUUCAACAUAGUGAACAUUUCGAGGAGCAUGAAUCUCUUUCGAAUUGGUAUGGCGCCAUUAGUUAAGAGCAACGGAAGACCAAAAUGGCAAAGGAUACCACGGGAUCAGCUUUUUUAUUAUAAAUCACCGCAACAUCAGAAUCACUACGUGCUUAGUUUUGCAUUCGCUUUCGAUCGAGAAGACGAGGUCUACCAAUUCGCUUUAACUUAUCCGUAUUCUUACAAUCGGUACCUCGGACAUUUGAAUAAUCUCAGCACCAGAAUAGCUUAUGUUCACAGAGAAACUUUAGCUACAUCGAUUCAAAAGAGGAAGGUCGAACUAAUCACCAUAAAAUCCGAUACGGAUGACGAUAAGGAAUUAGCAAGGAAAGUAGUGGUGAUUCUUGCGAGAAUUCAUCCAGGCGAAUCACCGUCCUCGUUUGUUUGUCAAGGACUCAUGGAUUUUUUAGUCAGCACUCAUCCGAUCGCUCAAGUGCUCAGGCAUUACGUGAUAUUUAAAAUUGUGCCAAUGAUCAAUCCCGAUGGAGUUUUCUUCGGUAAUUACAGAUCUACUUUGAUGGGCAUGGAUUUGAAUCGAAAUUGGAAUCGUAUAUCAGAAUGGAUCCACCCAACACUAUCGGCAACCAAAUCCAUGUUAGAAUCUUUAGAUAAGAACACGCAUACGCCAUUAGAUUGCGUUUUAGAUCUACAUGCACAUACAAACGCAACGGGAGUCUUUGUUUACGGGAACACGUACGAAGACGUAUAUAGGUACGAGAGACACAUUGUUCUACCAAAGUUGCUCGCUCAACACACGGAGGACUACGAUCUAGGAAACACGAUGUAUAAUCAAGAUCCUCACAAAGCUGGAACAGCACGUCGAUAUCUAUGUUCCAUUCUAAAAGAACACGUCAAUUGCUAUACCGUACAAGUAUCAAUGUAUGGCUAUUAUAAGAAGGGAACACCGGGUAUUUUACCAUAUACAGAAGAGAGUUAUUACAGACUCGGUCGAAAUCUCGCACGAGUAUUUCUGGAAUAUUACAAGUUAACCGGUUUGAUACCGUGUGGACUUCCAAAUCAACCAUCGGAUAAGCGUAAUCGACGAUCUCGUCAGAGCCAUCAUGUAUCAAGGCAGCCACGUUCUAAAAUGGCCAGAACACCAGCUCCUUUGCAUCUAGCAAGCAUUCACGAUUAUUUCCGGGAGGACACAGAGCCGCUCCCGAGCGCUUGUUACCGAUCGAUGAGUGGCACGCGUAUGAGCCGGGCUGAAAUUGCGAUUGGAACUGGAACCGAAAGCGGAAUUGGAAUAGGAAGUGGAAGUGGAACGACGGGCGUCGACGAGUGCAGGUACCAGAGCUACAGGUUCCGGAGCCCCGGGGCACCGCUCGACAGGGUGCAAGCUCCGACAAGACGACCCACCGAGCCGAGGCUUACCAUUAUCGAUUUCAAUCAGCUGACAAGAGGCGGUUUGGAACUGGCCAUGAGUAAGAACAAGACUAAUCGUCAUCGCGGUCGCUUUAUGCUCCGGUGAUAAAAAUAUGAAAAGAAAUCAAAUUUCGUUUUCUCGUCGACUCGCUUCAACGUAUCGCACGUUACAACGAUAU